AUGGAAAUCCAGCCCACCAAAGAGGCCGACAUCCAGGACGUCAAGCUCCAAGAGCCCAGUCUGGUUGAGGAGCAGGCGCAGCGUCCGAGUUUUUGGAAGGCUGCUCUUCCCGUGUUUGCUUGCGGCGCCGGUCUCUUCUCUGAUGGGUACAUCAACAAUGUUAUUGGUUCUGUAAACACCGUGCUCGGCAUUCAGUAUGGCUCCCUGUACAGAGAUUCCGAAGCCGCCAAGUACGUCGCCGACAUUGCGUUUGCCGGCACCGUUGUCGGACAAUUGGUCUUUGGGUACCUAUCUGACGGCUGGUCGCGAUCGAAUUCCCUGGUGGCGUCGACGGUUAUUCUCAUCGUCUUCACAGCUCUUGCUGCGGCUUCGUACUACAAGGGCGACGCUAUCGGCAUGUUCAACAUGCUUGCGGCGUGGAGGUUUUUUGUAGGCAUCGGUAUCGGAGGCGAAUACCCCGCUGGUAGUGUUGGAUGCGCCGAGUCGACCAGUGGUCUCAAAAAGGGCACACGGCACAGAUGGUUCAUUCUGUUCACCAAUACCAUGAUUGACGUUGGUUUUGUAUUUGGAGCCUUUCUGCCCUAUGUGAUUGCCGCGGCUGCCCAAAACACAAACUACAGCACCAUCUGGAGGACGAGCUUGGGCAUUGGCGUCGCCUUUCCUCUGGUCCUUCUCGUGCUGCGAUUUCGCCUCAAGGAACCCGAAGAAUUCAGCCGCGAGGCGAUGCGCAAGAAAACCCCCUACUGGCUCGUCCUAAAGUUCUACUGGUUCAGACUGCUCUGUGUCAGCAUGGUCUGGUUCCUCUACAACUUCUCCGUGUACGCCUUCGGUAUUUAUUCGUCGUCUAUCCUCAGCGGCAUCUACAAUAACACCGCUCCUUUGACUACCGUUUUCGGAUGGAACACCGUCAUCAAUCUGUUUUACCUUCCUGGAUCCAUCAUCGGCUCCUUUAUCAGUGACAAGCUCGGACCUAAACAUACCCUCGUUCUCGGCGUCACCGCCCAGUCUGUUGUGGGAUUCAUCAUGGCUGGGGUCUAUGAAAAGAUUUCCACAAAUAUUGCCGCCUUCGCCAUCGUGUAUGGCAUCUUCUUGUCCUUAGGCGAACUCGGACCCGGCAACAACAUUGGCCUCUUGGCUGCCAAGACGUGCGCGACGGGCGUGCGUGGCCGAUACUAUGGUCUUGCUGCCGCCAUGGGCAAGAUUGGCGCCUUUGUCGGGACUCUUGUUUUCCCAUACAUCAGGGCUGCUGGAGGGAACGAGGUGGAGUCGGCUCAGUACCCUUUCUGGGUUGCCUCUAGUCUCUGCAUUCUUUCGGCUAUUAUUGUCUUCUUUUUCAUCCCCAACAUUGGACAGGACACGAUCGCGGAUGAGAAUGUGCGAUUCCGAGAUUACUUGGAGAGCCAGGGCUGGGAUACAACACAGCUCGGCAUCGCAGCUCACGACGCCGAAGCUGCCGCUGCGGAAAAGAAAGCCAACGCUAGCGAUAAGCAGGAGUAA